GUUUUGGCUCGCAGCAGUUCCUACAUCCGGCUGUCUGUGCGUCCUCGAAAACGUAGUGCAGGGUAGAAGGCAUCAUUGUGGUAGGAUUUAGCUUCGUGAAAUGGCACACAGAUUCAGAGGUGGCAGCACAGGCAGUGAUGAGUCCAGCAGUGAUGAAGAUGACAGGAGAGGGAGGAUGCUGAGGAGUACAAUAUCAAGUAUAAAGAGACCAUCGCCUAAAAAGACAGUCGAUGCAACUCCUCCAAGGUCAAGAUCAGGGUCAGUUGAAAGUGGAGAGAGAUCCGAAAGUGAAUCAGAACAGAGGAAACAUGAUGCAAGGACACCAUCAGCCUCCCCACCACCUACCAAGAGAAAGAGGAGCAGGUCAAAAUCACCAGACGAGGAAAAACACAAAGACGAUAGAGAUAAAAGUAAGUCCCCAGACCAAGACAGGAGGAAGAGGGAUCGAAGCAGAGACAGGUAUAGAGAUCGUGGAGAUUAUAACCACCACAGGAAGAGGUCACAUUAUGACCGGGAUUCCAGGAAUAGAUAUGACAAUAGGCGGGAGGAGGACAGAUAUAAUGACAGAAGGGACAGGUAUUACGACAGACAGGAUCACCACAGGGAUAGAAGAGAUGACAGGGAAAGCAGGAAAAGAAGGCACGAUGAUGAUGAAGAUAGCAGAAGGGACAGGAGGAAGAGGAGGAGUCCACGUGAGGAAGAGGAUGAUAAAGAGAAUAAAAGGGACGAAGAGAAAAAAGGGAGAGACAAAGAUUCCGGGGAAAAUACAGUGGCCACAGGCAACAGUACUGACACUCCACAAAAUCCUCCACCAGCAAAGAAGUCCAAGGACGACCUGUUGAAUACAAGAACUGGUGGAGCCUAUAUACCUCCUGCCAGACUGAGGAUGAUGCAGGCUCAAAUCACUGAUAAAAGCAGUGAACAGUAUCAGAGGAUCUCAUGGGAGGCAUUAAAGAAAAGUUUGAAUGGUCUCAUCAACAAAGUCAAUGUGUCAAAUAUUACUGAGAUUAUCAGAGAGCUUUUCCAGGAAAACAUCGUGAGGGGGAGGGGGCUUCUUACUCGUUCCAUGAUCCAAGCACAGGCAGCCUCCCCCACUUUUACCCAUGUCUAUGCAGCACUAGUAGCAAUCAUCAAUACUAAGUUCCCAAAUAUUGGUGAGCUCAUAUUGAAGAGGUUGAUUAUCCAGUUCAAAAGAGGUUUUCGUAGAAAUGACAAGAACAUCUGCCUUACUGCUACCCGGUUUAUAGCUCAUUUGGUUAACCAGCAAGUGGCCCAUGAGGUAGUGGCACUGGAGAUCUUGACACUUUUGCUAGAAAAUCCAACUGAUGACUCUGUGGAAGUGGCCAUCAAUUUCCUCAAAGAAUGUGGCCAGAAACUCACUGAGGUAUCACCACGUGGAAUCCAUGCAAUCUUUGAAAGGUUGCGCAAUGUUUUACACGAGGGAAGCAUUGACAAGCGCACACAGUACAUGAUAGAAGUCAUGUUUGCUGUCAGGAAAGACGGCUUCAAGGACCACCCAGCUGUGCCAGAGGAGCUGGACCUUGUUGAAGAGGAUGACCAGUUUACCCACCUGACCAUGUUGGAUGAGGCAGUGAAUGGAGAGGAGAUGCUGAAUGUAUUUAAGAAUGACCCAGAAUAUUUGGAAAAUGAAGAAAAAUAUAAAACAAUCAAAAGAGGUAUUCUUGAUGAAAGCAGUUCUGAUGAGGAAGGUUCUGGCAGUGGAAGUAGCUCUUCUGAUGACAGUGAUGAUGAGGAGGAUGAGGAAGAUGCUGAGAAGCAGCAACAGAUCAUAGAUCAGACAGAGACCAACAUGAUAGCGUUCCGCCGCACUGUCUACCUGACCUUGCAAUCCAGUCUGGACUUUGAAGAAUGUGCACACAAGCUGCUCAAGAUGGAGAUCAAGCCUGGUUAUGAGAAAGAACUGUGCAACAUGAUCCUGGAUUGCUGUGCACAGCUGAGAACAUAUGAGAAAUUCUAUGGACUUCUUGCACAGAGAUUCUGCAUGCUGGACCGCAAGUACAUAGAACCCUACCAGGAUAUCUUUGAAGAGCAGUAUACAGCUAUUCACCGCCUGGAGACCAACAAGUUAAGAAAUGUCGCCAAAUUUUUUGCACACUUGCUAUUCACAGAUGCAAUACCUUGGACAGUUCUUCAAAUUAUCAAAUUGAAUGAAGAUGACACCACCUCAUCCAGUCGUAUCUUCAUCAAGAUCUUAUUUCAGGAGUUGUGUGAAUAUAUGGGAUUGGCCAAGCUCAAUGACAGGCUUAAAGACCCGACCCUACAAGAGUUCUUUGAAGGUCUUUUCCCAAGGGAUAACCCUAGAAAUGCAAGAUUUGCCAUCAAUUUCUUCACAUCCAUAGGCCUAGGGGGACUUACGGAUGAGUUGAGGGAACACUUAAAGAACAUGCCAAAGGUGACCAUGUUACAACAGCCCCAGCAAGCUGAGGGGGCUGAAGGAGACCAGAGCAGCAGCAGCAGCAGCAGUGAUAGUAGUAGCUCUGACAGCUCCAGCGGAGAGAGUUCCAGCGAUGACUCCAGUUCAGACAGCUCAGAUGAUGAAGACUCUAGUAGUUCUAGUAGCAGUUCAGAUUCCUCAGAUUCAGAAUCUGAAACUGAGGCAAGAAAGCGAAAUAAGAAAAAGACCACUAAGAAAGUUGUAGAAGAUAAACUUACUGAAAGAAGAAAGAAGCACAGGGAAGAGGAAGAAGAACCAAAGCAUAGAAGAAAUCGCAAGGAGGAAGAGGAUGACAGACCAAAUAAGCGAGACAGAGGCAGAAAUCAGGAAGAAGAUGGCAAUAGGAAAACUGAAAGACGAAAAAGAAGGGCAGAAGGGGAACAAAAUGGGAAUGAACUUCUUCGCCAAAGGAGAGAGGAAAAUGGGGAAAGAUCUUCUGAUCGUAGGCGAAGAGAAGAAAAUGGGGAUGAUGACAGACCACGCAGAAUGAGAGAAGAGCGUGAAGAGGAAAGUGAAGAACCCAAUCGUAGUAAGCGGAGGGCAGAAAAAAGGGAAAAUUCUGUAGAAAGAGAUCCUAGAAAUGAACGUAGAAGAGCAGAUAGACAUGAUGGAGAAAAUGAAGUAAGAAAAGAACGCAGUUCAGGUAGAAACAAAGAAAGAGGCCAAAAUAAAACAAGAGAUCGUGAUAGUGUUGAAAGUGAUGAUCGUGAAAAAACACGUGAUAAAAUGAGGACUAAGGAAAGAGAACGUUCAGAACGGGAAAGAGAUGGAGAUACAAGACGUGAAAGACAUGAACGCAAUAGGCAACGAAGAUCAGAAUCUGAAGAAGAUAACCGCAGCAGGCGUAGACGAUAGCAAAAAUGUGCUGUUGGCGCCACUCUGACUUUGACUCUGUGAUACUUAAAUCUGACAUUUACCAGGUUGCUCGAAUUUUGGUAAUUUUUGAACCUACACCUCUGAAAACUGACCAUCAAUUGUUUUGAAUGAUACAAGGGGGUGAUAGGGCAAGUGGUAAAGAAGACAGUAAAUUGCACUCCAUUUAUUAAGAAGUAUCCAGCUAGAACAUAUUGUAAACCUGGAUUAUCUGUUAUCGGUAGUCAUUUCAAUGUUUUUCUGUUUGUGAAUGCAUUUUUCCAGUCUGCAAGUCAAUAUCAGAUGAUAAUCUUGAUAAUGGGGUGACAUAUAAUUAUGUUUAAAUCCUACAAAUAAAUGAAAAAGUUCAAAGAUAUUGCAUCCACUUUCGAUAUUUUUGUCUCAAUUUAUUUCGUCUCUUUUUAGGAUACCAAACCUUUAUUACACAAAAUAAUGACCCCAUAGUGCCAAAGCUUUCGAUAAUAAUGAUCAGUAAGUACAAUGAAAAUGCCUUUUACUGCAUGAAAAAUCAUUUUGGAAAGUCCUAGAUGAUGUCAUUUCACUACUGUUAAAUAAACUUUUCUGUUUGUCCUUU